AUGGCCUCCGCAUCAGUUCCCAAACAUCUCAACUUCAUAACCGGCAACAAAAACAAGCUCGCCGAAGUCCAAGCCAUCCUCGACGGCGUCAUUGAGCUGCGAAACCAGAAUGUCGAUCUAGUCGAGAUCCAAGGCACAGUCGAAGAAGUGACGAGAGAUAAGGCGCGACGAGCCGCUGAAGCAGUAAAAGGCCCCGUCCUAGUCGAAGACACCUGCCUCUGCUUCCCCGCCAUGAACGACCUUCCCGGCCCCUACAUCAAAUGGUUCAUGCUCUCCCUCGGCCCCCUAAACCUCCACAAACUCCUCGCAGGCUUCGACGAUAAAUCCGCCCAGGCAGUCUGCACCUUUGGAUAUUGCGAGGGACCAGGCCACGAAGCGAUUUUGUUCCAGGGAAGGACGGAUGGAAAGUUGGUUGAGAGUCGGGGAUCUACUGUUUUUGGUUGGGACUCAUGCUUCGAGUACGAAGGCAAGACGUAUGCUGAGAUGGAUAAGAGCGAGAAGAACAAGAUUAGCCACAGGGGUAAGGCGCUGGAGAAAUUGAAGGAGUGGUUGGCGAGUAAGACGGAGUCAGCUUGA